UGAAGUGCAUGUGUCGUAAGAGCAGCCCGUUGCUUUAGUUAGUAGAGUUAUUUAUCACUUUUAUGAUCUUUUCAGACUCUAGUUGACGACGACAGUCAGUUCAUCAUGUCGAAGCCGACUCUGCUGGUCCUCUUCGGGAGUCAGACUGGGACGGCUCAGGACACGGCUCAGAGGAUCGGUCGCCAGGCUCAGAGGAGGAAGAUGAAGGUUCAAGUUCUUCCUCUGGACGAUUACAACGUGGCCAACCUGAUCUCAGAGUCUCUGGUUGCCUUUGUUUGCUCCACCACCGGACAAGGAGACCCUCCCGACAAUAUGAAGAAAUUCUGGAGGUUUGUCUUCAGGAAGUCUUUACCUGCUGGGUCUCUGAGCCGGCUGGACUGUGCCGUGCUGGGUCUGGGGGAUUCCUCUUAUCCUAAGUUUAACUUUGUGGCAAAGAAGCUUCAUAAACGCCUCCUGCAGCUCGGGGCGAGUGCUCUGCUGCCCGCUGGACUGGCAGACGACCAGCACGACCUCGGGUCGGACGCUGUGAUCGACCCGUGGCUCGGCUCAUUCUGGGAGAAGGUGUUUGCUGUGUACCCGUCUCUGUCUGAUGUGACCCCUCUGAGGGAAGAUGAACCACUCCCUCCGUCGUACACUUUCCACUUCCUGGAUGACGUGAACGAGAAGACAGAAGACCGGCUGCAGAGUCCUGAUGUCCCCUCUCAGUCUCGUCCCUUCCCCUGCAGACUUGUGUCAAACAGACGAGUGACAGACGAGUCGCACUUUCAGGAAGUGAGGCUCAUCGAGUUUGAUAUCACCGGAUCCAACAUCGAGUUUACUGCCGGUGACGUGGUGAUGAUGCAUCCUCAUAACUCACCUGAGGACGUCGAGCUGUUUUGUCAGAUGCUGAGAUUAAAUCCAGAGGAUAGAUUCACCGUCAGAGCCGCAGACAACACGGCAGUUCCAGCCAGGCUCCCUCAGCCGUGCUCGGUGCGCCACCUGGUGGAGACAUACCUGGACAUCGCCGCUGUGCCUCGCCGCUCCUUCUUCGAGCUGCUGUCCACCUUCUCCACCAACGAGCUGGAGCAAGAAAAGCUGCAAGAGUUCAGCUCGGCGGCCGGACAAGACGAUCUACACGGAUACUGCAACCGCCCGCGACGCACCGCGCUGGAGGUGUUGUCAGAUUUCCCACACACCACAGCAGAACUCAAAACAGACUACCUGCUGGAUCUGUUCCCUGAGAUUCAGCCUCGCUCGUUCUCCAUCGCCUCCUCUCUGCAGGCUCAUCCAAACAGGCUGCAGAUUCUCGUCGCUGUAGUCCGCUACAAAACCAAAAUGCAUAAACCACGAACAGGUCUCUGCUCCACCUGGUUGGCCUCCCUGGACCCUGAACAAGGGGAGAUUUUUGUUCCUCUGUGGGUGAAGAAGGGCACUCUGAAGUUCCCUAAAGACGCUGACACUCCUGUGAUCAUGGUCGGCCCGGGGACCGGUGUGGCUCCGUUCAGGUCGGCUGUACAGGAGCGGAGCGCUGAGGGCAAACAUGGUAACGUUUUGUUCUUCGGCUGUCGCUCCGAGUCCCAAGACUUCUACUUCAGGUCAGAGUGGGAGGAGAUGACGAAGGCCGGACACCUGACGCUCUUCACUGCUUUCUCAAGAGAUCAGGAGGAGAAGGUGUACGUGCAGCAUCGAGUGAGAGGAAACGCUCAGCUUCUGUGGAACCUGAUCGCCAAUCAAAACGCUUGUUUCUACAUCGCAGGGAAUGCCAAACAGAUGCCCAACAGCGUGUGUGACGCUCUGAAGGAGGUGUUCCAGCAGGAGGGGGGCGUCUCCUCCGAGGACGCUGAGCGGAUGCUGGAGGUCAUGGAGAGGACGGGCCAGUUUCAGAGUGAGACCUGGUCCUGAUUACACCACUUUGAGUCGCAGUAAACUGCUGCUGAGCUCACGGCUCAAAAUAUUUAAAGUAAAAUCCUCCAGGUUUCUGAACACGUUUGAUAAAAAUGUGUUACAUCGAGGAAAUAUAUUUAAAAGACUUCCUGUUAAAGUUUGAAGUAUUGCCUUAUUUAUCUGAUAAUCAACGAAUGGUAUCAGAAAUAUUCCUACAGGUGUCUUCUACUCGGCCAAAGAGCAACUUAUUGUUAAACAGUAAUUUGUUCAGAGUUCACAUGAAGACGCGUGGUUGUGGUGCGCGCCCCACGUACAGAAGCUGUAGUCCUCAAAGCGAGUGGCCCAGGUUUGAAUCCGUUUUUUUCCCUUUAUUGGACAUGACAGCUGAAGAGAGACAGGAAAUGUUGGGACAAGAGAGCGGGGGGGGAUGGCAUGCUGCAAAGGGCCAAGGUCGGAUUUGAACCCACGGCUGCUGUAAAGAUGACUUUAGCGUCUGUAUAUGGGGUUCUUGACAUCGCUAGGCUAUUAGGCGCCAUCCCAAAAUAAAUCUUUAUGAAGAAACUGAGAUAAAAGGAACUCCCAAAGAAAGGCGUUCUCUUUGUAUUUAAAGCUGAUUUACUAAAAAUGCCAAGAAGAAAAUAAAAUGUUAAACAUAUUAGAAACAAGGUGAACUAAAUGACCGUACAGAGUGACUGAAUUGUAACUUAAUGAUGUAAACAUGUUUGACGACAGAGUAAACACUCUAAUGGACCAAUGAUGACGCAGUAUACAUCUGAUUUAAGUGUAUGAAAUAAAUAAAUAAAUAAUCAUUAAUUAUUA